AUGGCCCCCAAGCAGCACAUCAUUCCCGCUGGUCGCCCCCAGAAGGGCCUUUUCAGCACCACAUAUGAGCAACUCACUGCCCCGGAGAAUGCCACUAUUGUGCGAAGCAUCCUAGUUUUCGGUGCUGGCGUCGCUUUCCUCCACAGCAGCCUGUCCGAGCUCCUCCUUCCUCCGUAA